AUGAGGUUAAAGUGGGCGGUUAUGGUAGCGUUGCUGGCCAUGCUAUAUGCAUGCAUCAUUCUCGGACCAGCUGAAGGGGCAAAGAUUUUGGCAAUCUUUCCAACGUCUGCCCGUUCACACUACAUUGUCGGAUCGGCGUUAACGAAAGAGCUGGCAAGACGUGGACAUGAGAUGACGGUUAUCAACACUUUCCCACAGAAGAAACCGUUAAAAAAUUACCGUGAUAUAGAUGUAAGCGGAUCUGCAGAUAUCGUUAAGGGUCUUGUACCGAAUUUUUUGGAAGCGGCCGAUAGGAGUAUGUGGGAAAGCGUAACGAUGCCGUACAAAUUUGGACAAAUGCUAACCAACUACACGCUACUGCACCCUAACGUGAAGAAACUGAUCCAAUCGAACGAAAAGUUUGAUCUAGUCCUCAUGGAAAGCUUCUUGAAUGAUGCUCAUCUAGGUUUUGCACAUCACUUCAAGGCUCCCUGCGUUGUUCUGUCCACGUUUGGGGCAUCCCGUUGGACUAAUGAUAUGGUCGGAACGCCAUCGCCGAUAUCUUACGUACCUCAUCCGUUUCUGAGCUUUACCGACCGGAUGUCAUUUGUACAGCGGAUCGGCAACAUGCUGAUGGCGAUUAUGGAUAGUGUUCUUGGGCAUGUUCUAAGUUACCCGGUACAAAGUGCAAUGUACGAAGCGGCAUUUCCCGAUCCAAAACCCCCACUAGAACAUCUACGUCGCCAUGCUGUAUCGCUGGUACUGUUGAACAAUCACUUCAGUCUCAGCUAUCCGCGUCCGUACGUACCAAACAUGAUCGAGGUCGGCGGAAUGCACGUCAAUCGCAAACCAAACCCGCUGCCGGAAGACAUCCAGAAGUUGCUGGAUAAUGCACCGAACGGUGUGAUUUACUUUUCGAUGGGUUCCAACAUUCAGAGCAGUCAACUGCCGGUGGAAAAGCGUGAAGCGAUAUUGCGCGUCUUUGCUAAGCUGAAGCAAACCGUGCUUUGGAAGUGGGAAGACGAAACAUUACCAAACCGACCAGAAAAUGUGAUUGUGAAGGCAUGGUGGCCACAGGACGACAUACUGGCCCACCCGAAUGUGCGACUGUUCAUUACGCACGGUGGACUGCUCAGUACGACGGAGUCAAUGUACCAUGGAGUGCCAGUGAUUGGCAUUCCAGUGUUUGGCGAUCAGUACCUAAACAUGGCCAAAGCGGAACGUACUGGCUUCGGGCUGCUGUUACCUUACCAGGAAAUAUCCGAGGAUCGUCUCUCGAGUGCAAUCAAUCAGAUCCUGGGCGAUACGAAGUACAAAACUGUGGCCCAAAGCAUUUCGGCUCGGUACCGAGAUCAACCGCAAGAACCACUCGACUUGGCCGUAUAUUGGGUGGAGUACGUUAUUAGGCACCAUGGAGCGGUGCAUUUAAAAUCAGCCGGCCAGGAACUGGGCUUCCUGCAGUACCAUGGAAUCGACGUGAUUGCUACAAUAAUCGGUGUUCCGUUUCUAUUUUUCUAUCUUUUGUUUAAGCUGCUGUGUGGAGGACGAUCGAAAAAGAACGUUUCGGUAAAUGCUAAAAAGAAGCGAAAUUAA